GCUCGAGGCGGGCUGACAACACAGCUGAGACCAAAAUGGCAAUGGAUAAUUUUAUAUUUGCGCAAUGCAUCCUUUAUUUUUUAGCCUUCGUAUUUGGCUUUAUAGCGGUUGUACCGCUUUCGGAAAACACGGAUGCUUUUCGGGGGAAAUGUCUGCUUUUUACGCGGGGUAUGUGGCAGAACGAGAACAUCACAGUAUCAAAGCAGCGCUUCAUCAUUGAGGAAUGGGGACCACAGUCAUCCUGCAGCUUCAUCACGGCCGUCGGGAUCGCUUCUCUCAUCCUGUCAGCCGUACAAGCCUGGAGACUGCUGUUGUUCAUCUGCAAAGGCCACGAUGACUCUAUCUUUAAUGCCUUCCUGAACCUACUCAUCAGCACAUUUGUAGUGUUUGCUGUGUUCCUGUCCAGCACAAUAGUCAGUGUGGGCUUCAAUCUAUGGUGUGAUGCCAUCACAGAAGGAGGCAGUAUGCCCAGCAGCUGUGAGGAUCUUCAAGACACUGAUCUCGAACUGGGGUUGGACAACUCUGCUUUUUAUGACCAGUUUGCUAUAGCACAGUUUGGGUUGUGGGCAGCCUGGCUGACUUGGCUAGGUAUCACCAUCAUGGCCUUUCUGAAGGUCUAUCAUAACUACCGUCAAGAAGAUCUGGUUGAUAGCUUAAUCCAUGAGAAAGAGUUCCUACUCGGACGCUCCUCACGUCGGUGUUCUGAUCUGGUAGACGAAAAGAGUGGCAUGAUAUGAUCAACUCAGCAUGCAUGUUACAACAUAGAACCCCAUUAUAGUGUUACAGAACGUUGAUUCCAGAACAUUCUGAAGGAGUUUUUGCAGUUGACACAGAUCGAAUCUAUGCACUGCCAAGUAAAAUUUUAUUCGUGAGCCUGACAUUUCUCUGCAUUUAUACUUCUAAGGGACAUCAUCAGUUGAGCUCAACUUCAACCAGAUGAUCUUGAAUAAAAUUUUACUUGACAUUCAUUGAUAAUUUUUAUCAAAAUGCACAUACACUUGUCUGGACAGAGCUAACACUCAGCACAUUUACAUAUAGAGCUCCAUACAACAAUGUUUAGAUGAAGUUGAAACACAAUGCCCUGAAAAACUAAUUAACAGUGAUAACUCUGUACUGUGCUUAUUUUAAUGUUCUAGUGACUCCUGUGUGACAUACAAUCAAAGUCUAUUUUACUGUAAAUUUUAUUACCACUUAAGGUUAUACAUAACUAAACAAUUAUUUUCUUCUAAAGCCUAUUUAUACCAGCUCUGGAAAGCAGCUUCAAAUCAGUUUUCUAUUCCAUUAGUAACAAGCAUUAGCUGAAGAGUUGGUCUUAGUACAUCGUAGAGCUCAGGUAAUACCACAGACAGUAAUAAUAAUAAUAAAUCAGUUAGCAUAGUGUUUGUUACAUGCCUGGUUUUCUUUACUGUACUUUGCUUUUCUUUCCCUUCCAAUACUUCCUGUAUGUGUAACACAAAUAUAACCAAGUAGUAUCCUUCUUACGUUAUGGCAUUGCUAUUUUCAAAUCAUGCUUGCAUGUACAUGUACAGGAUAUAAAAUGAACAGACAAUAUGGCAACACUAGUCUAUGUUAAAAUAUUACAUUGACAGAAACCAGUCAUUAUGAUAUGACAUCAUUCUCUGAUGAAAGAGGGUGAUCUCAUUCGCAUGCAUAGAAAUUCAGAAGUAAAGUGUGGUUCUAGCAUACAUACAUUAUUCUAAGUUUGAAUAGACAAAGGUUUGGAUACAUACAAUAUCAACAUAUGGACAGCUUCUGAAAUUUAAACCCUUUUACAUAUGAACAACUUUAAAGACUUACAAAUAAAAUAUUAAUAGAACAUUUUAUUGAUCAUAUUGUAUUUCUAAUGAAUGAGAUUUUAAGGGAAUCACAUUUCUUUACUGAAGUUAACACAUUUGCCUGAUUUUACAUUAUGUCAUACAAAGAUUGCUACAAAACAUAUAUAGAAUUUCAUUUAUGAAUACAUUUGCCAUUAAAAAGGUCAUUCUUGGACAAUUAAUGAUAAAUGAAUCCCUCAGGGAUUGUGUCUGAAUUUUGAGCUCUGUCUGAUUAGUCUUCAGAGGAUUCGUAAAGAUUUAUUUGUCUCAUUUGUGCAUCACAUACAUUAAAAGGGUUUACAUUGGGGGGCCUGAAUAGCUCAGUGGCAAAGACGCUGGCUACCACCCCUGGAGUUCGCUAGUUCAAAUCCCAGGGCAUGCUGAGUGACUCCAGCCAGGUCUCCUAAGCAACCAAAUUGGCCCGGUUGCUAGGGAGGGUAGAGUCACAUGGGGUAACCUCCUCGUGAUCGCCAUAAUGUGGUUCGUUCUCGGUGGGGCGCGUGGUGAGUUGAGCAUGAUUGCCGCAGAGGAUGGCGUGAAGCCUCCACACGUGCUAUGUCUCUGUGGCAACGCACUCAACAAGCCACAUGAUAAGAUGCACGGGUUGAAAAUCUCAACUGGGAUUCUUCCUCCGCCACCCGGACUGAGGUGAAUCACUACGUGACCACAAAGACUUAAAAGCACAUUGGGAAUUGGGCAUUCAAAAUUGGGAGAAAAAGGUUUACAAUUAGGAUGCUGGGAAAACAUUGGUAUUGUAUGUUUCAGUGUCUAGCCAAAUAUACAAAAAUGUAUGUAUAUAUACACAAACCUACAGACACUAAUAAGAUCACAUUGGAUGAAAUGUUAGACAUUUGGAGGGCUAAUUUAUUGUUUUGCUUCAUCAAAGCUGAUUUUACGUGCUUUUCUACAUGGAAACUUCAAUGAGGUUUAUGCCAUUCCACUCAGUAGAGUUCACUAUGAUUUAAAGUAAUUACAUUUUUGAUAUGAAGUACUGUUGAGCAUGCGUGCUGCAAUAAAAUUUGAUGUAUGCCCUUUUGGUAUAAGCAUCUUCUGCUAACUAAAGUUUGAACCCUAAUGGAAUAUAUUUCAGUUCAACCUGUUAGUUAAUGCUGUGUGAGCAUGAGCUAUGUACGAUUCAUUGUAUUUCUGAAACACACUCAAGCCCACAUAUUUCUGAGUAAAGAUUAUACAUAAUUAGUUUGUGCAUCAUUUUCUUUAUUGUUUUGUAUUGUGGAUGCAUCUCUGCAGCUUUGCAAGUAAUUUAUUCAGUUUAUUUAUUUUUGGGCUUUUAUUAAAUAAAAGCAGUAGCAGCAAUACAAACAGCUAAGAUGAUUUUAUUUUAUAAUAAUACAAAUCACAUUUCUGAUAAUGAAGUUGAAUGAAAGUUUUUAUGCAGCUUGCAAUUUUUAAACUAGUCAUUACUUUUUACUUAGUGUGCACUUUACUGGUUUUGAUUGGUGACCUAUUGUAUUUACAAUAAAGAAAGGAGAAAAAUAAAAAAUACAGAAAACAAAGAAUGUCAAAAAAUCAGUCAUACAAUAUGUAUAUAUAAAUAACCUACAGUAACCCAUCAUGACAAUGUCCCAUAUUCUGUGAAUCUUUUUUAGUGACGUGAAAUAUUCACGCACUUAUAUCCACUUAAUUAGUUCACAGUGAUUUGAUGCAGGUCACAGUUUAUUAAUUAUUUUUGUGUACCUUUUGCACUGGCUCAAAACAGUAGUCAAAGUGUGCACAAACCAGCAAUUGUGACAAAUACACCUGUGUGUGAAGAGGGCAUUUCUACAAUGGCACUGGCUUCUGAAACCCUUACUUUUGUAUAAUGCUGCUUCUAAAUCAUCCAAAUAGUCAUGGUCUUUAUCACCUUUAAAUGGAAUUUAAUAAUAUCAUAUUAAAUAAUGUAAUGAAAAUUUGCAAUCAAUAAUGAAAAAAAUUAAAAUAAAUAAUACUAAAAUAAAUGACCACAUUAAAUCUUACAAAUCCAAUGUUUCAGCAAGUGCUCUAAUAUAAAAUAAAACACAAUCCAGUUAACAAUUAGAAGACUGAGGCCUGAGGCAGACAGCAAGUUUUGUGAUUAUGGGAAAUCAUUGAAAACAUUUUUAUUGAGAGGAAUCAACAAAAAUGUAUUGUCUUUAACUCUAAAAGUACAUGUCUACCUGCAUGUGUGCCAUUGGAGAAAAGGUUCUCUUUCGUAGGAAUUUGAGCUGCGUAAUCACAUUGGGAAAUUCCCUGAGUGUUACGUGUCAGAGAGAAUGCGGUUUUUACAGCCGUUAUUUUCUGGUGUCGAAAAAAGAUGGCAUCUUGCAUCCAAUUCUGGAUUUGAGACCUUUGAAUUCCACUCUGAUGAAAUGUCAAUUUAGAAUGCUGAUGCAGAAGCAAAUAAUGUCACAAGUGCAGCCGGGACACUGUUUGUGACAAUAGAUUUGAAGGAUGCUUAUUUCCAUUAUUAAAUUGCGGCGAAGCACAGGUGCUUUCUCAGAUUUGCUUUCGGGAGCAAAGCAUAUCAGUUUUACGUCCUUCCAUUUGGACUUGCACUGGCACCACCACACACUUUCACAAAAGGCAUGGAUGCAGCUUUGAUGCCCUUGAGGCUUCAGAACAUCUUGUUGUUGAUCAAUACAACCUCUGCUGAGCCUUCUUCACAAUGGAGUCUAUGUGGGUGUCCCACUUCAGGUCCUGAGAGAUGGUAGAUACCUUUCUGAAUGCUAGAGCUCCAUCAACUAGGAAGCUUUAUACAUUCAUAUAUUUUUGCUUCUUGGUGUACAGCGCGAGGUGAAAAUCCAGUACACUGCCCUGUCGGUACAGUGCUGGAUUGGGGCCAGGGUUGCCCCGGCAACUCUUAAAGUCUAUGUUGCCACUAUAGUGGCUGAGCAUGCACUUAUCAAUGGAGUCUCUGUCAGUCGACAUUCUCUUAUCUCUUGUUUUAUGCAUGGGGUACGCAGGCUUAGAUCUUUUCGUCCCGUCCGCGUUCGCUUAUGGGAUUUAUCUGUUGUUUUAGAUGCAAUUUGGGGUGCUCAGUUUGAGCCCUUGGCAACAUUCACUGAUAAGUUUCUGACUCUUAAUAUGUCCCUGCUAGUAGUAUUGCCAUCAUUUAAAAGGGUUGGUGAUUUGCAUGCCCUGUUGAUCAAUCCCUUAUGUAUGGAUUUUGCACCAGGGUGUUCAAGGUGGUAUUAAGACCUCAUUUGGGCUACUUGCCCAAGGUCGUUUCUACAUCAUUUCGCUCGCAGAGCGGAGGAGGAGCAUGAAAAAUUGCAUAUGCUAUACCCAGUUCAGGCACUGCAAGUUUAUGUUGAUCGUAAUAGCCAGUGGCGUAAGUCAGAGCAGUUAUUUGUGUGCUUUGGUGGCCGCAACAGGGGUGUUUCGGUGUCCAAGCAAAGAUCAUCUCAUUGGCUUACUGAUACAAUUUCAAGUGCUUACAAAGCACGCGGUUUACCUUCGCCUUCGGGUCU